GUCUUUUUUAAUAUUAUGACAAUGUAACCAUACACACUCGUAUAAAUCUUUCUAUUAUAUUGUUUAACUGACAUUGCUUUUGUUACGACCCCGUCUUUUGUAUCCCUCCGUAAAGGAACGCACAUGAACACAUACAUUCUUACGUUUCAUAUGUUGUAGAAGACGCAGGUAGAAUACCACUGUACCGUCCAGAGUUAUAGUUGGGAUUUAAAAACGGCCUCAGCAAAUCACGUUGCAGAUACACGACGGAGACGUCCUGUGGACUCACCACUUCGGCCGAACGUUAUAAGUGAAAGCUCAGUUUAAAUGCAGACACCACGCUACACGCACCUUCUAGAAAUCAUUUACGAUAGUUCUGAAAUGAUCAAUCAUCAUAUACGACAUAAUCGACAUAAUUUUCUGAAAGAGUUUGAAAGAUAUUAACGUAUUGCAAUAUCAAUCAUGAAGAAACCAAUUUUGUACAAAGUUGAGACAUACAUUGUGCCUGGAACGGAGAACUUAUCAAUAAUUAAUGAGAUCGAUGAUCUCAAGAUCACGAAUCAAUUUGAUAUAAAGAGCGAAAAUGUAAUGUUCGAGAACAGUAUGCAAAAUGAGAAAAAUACGUCGUUCGCUUCAAAUAAUAAAUACGAAGAAACCACGAGGUUUUCCACUAAAGAUAGCACAUUGAUUGGUAUAAAACUCGUGAAAGGUAUAACGAACGAGAAUAACAUUCUACGCGACGAACAUUUGGAUAACGAUAUCAUUAAAUAUUACAACGAAGCGAAUUCUUGUCGUUCUAACGAACGUGUACAAAAAACGGAGUUUCAAGCGUCAAUUGGAUCACAGGAGUCAUUGUAUCCUGCGAAACAAUUCAGCAAGACGAACUGUUUGAUGUCGAUUGACGAGAGAAAUGAGAACUCCUUGGACUCCAAGCUGAGCAACUUCUGUCGUCACGGUUACAAGAAUGGCUGUACCGCAUCGAUUCCGUCACCUGAAGAAGUCAGCGAGGAGAUCUUCAGGGAAAAUUGGUUGCACAAAAUUGAGAUCCUAAGGAAUCGUGAAAUCAUCUUGUGGGAAAAGGAGAUAAAUCUGCAAAAAAGAGAGAGGGAGUUGUUUAGAAAAAAGGAGGAACUAAGGAUCACGGAGAGACUUCUCAAUGAUAAAAUGAAGCAGGUAGAGCAGCAGCUAAAAUACCAAAAAGACAUGAUAGUGGAAAAGACAUUGGAGCAAGCGGCACAAAUUUUAUACGAUAUCGAGAAACCUGAUAAUCUCGUAGAAGAGAAAAUUCUGAGAAAAGACGAUGUUUCAAAGAAAGAAGAUAUUCUCAAAAAGGAAAAGAUUCCAAAAAAAGAAGAGAUUCCGAAAAAAGAAGUUGUUUUGAGAAAAGAAGAAAUUCCGAAAAAAGAAGAGAUUUCGAAAAAAGAAGAAAUUCCGAGAAAAACAGAAAUUCCUAAAAAAAUAGAGAUUUUGAAACAAGCAGAGAUCCCAAAAAAUCUUCAACCUAUUAUCAAUCCAUGCGAAAAAAAGGAGGAAAAGAAAAAGUAUUUGAUGCGUCCAAAUUCAUCAUUGAGAAAAUCCUUAUCUUCGAAGACUCAUUCGUACGCUACUAUAAGGUACAAAGAGCGUUCUAGGAUGAAUUACGACGACCUAAACUCGUCGUUGUCAGCCGCAAGCAUAGAUACAUCUAACAUACGAACGACGGAGCUAUUUAAUCCAAUGCUUCAUAAGAAGCCAUAUGCGUUCACAAGAUCAGCAAGCGAGCGAUGGACCAGGCACAAAAGUAUCCCAGGAAAACUGCAAAAAGUAGCUGAGGAGAAACCCGAGCAUAUAAUUAAAGAGGAGAAAAUUUUUCAGAAGUUCAGCGAUAACAUAUGCGCUUUGCAGGAGAAGGAGACAAGGUUUCAGAAUUACGGACCCGUAGAUUGUAUUCCAGAUAUUGAUAUUCUAAGCAAGGCAGAACAUAAUAAUAAAGAUAAACUGUCUUCAUAUCUUAAUUUGGAAACUGACGAGAGAUAUAGCCAUCGAGAUCAAGCCAGCACUUCUAAGGAUAGGCCGGUCUCCUGGACAAGUGAAACGGACAAAUGGGUACAAAAGCACCAGAUGUAUAAUUCAGCGACCAAACAAUCGAUUGAGAAUAAGGAGAACAUCGUGUGCAAUAAGCCCAUAAUGCUAAGAAAAAAACAAAGAGAAACAAAGAAAAAGUCGAAAAAAUUCCCUCUAUUUCGUUAGCACUUCAUGGUACUAAUAACAUACUAAAAUGAGAAUAAUAAUAGUUAUUAUUGAUCAUUUGCAUUACUUAAUCACUCGCACUACACUGGAUUAGUAUAUAUUAAAAACUGUUUUAAGACGACGACCUUAAUCUCAUAAUAUAGCAUAGGAAUUUUACUUGUAACAUUAUUUCUUAUUUGC